CCGCUGCGAGGUUCAAACCGAGCCACACCAUUUCCGCCCUCAAGAUGAAUGCCUGCACCACGAGCUUCUCUGCUCGAACGUUCCUCCACCGGCACGGACAUGGCAUCGCCGAUCGCUCGAGCCGGAAAGCCGUCUUCCUUCGGCCCGCGCCGACGCCCAGAGCACCGAGAACCGUUUGCAUGGCGGAGCCUUUCCUGAUCAGGAAGCUGGAAUCGGCUGAGAAGACGUGGAAAGAGCUGUCGGUGAAGCUAGCCGAUCCUGAAGUAAUCUCGAACCCUGGCGAGUAUCAAAAGCUGGCUCAGUCUGUGUCGGAGCUUGACGAGGUUGUUGCGACGUAUAGAAGAUUUAAGGAUUGUGAAAAGAAUCUGGAAGACACGAAAGCUUUGGCAAAGGAUGAAGGUGAUGGUGGAGAAAUGGCCGAGAUGAUAGCUUAUGAAAUUGAUUCUUUGGAGAAUGAACUCAAGGAGAUUGAGGAGAAACUUAAGCUAUUGUUGCUUCCAAGCGAUCCACUUGAUGCAAAAAACAUCAUGCUUGAAGUGAGGGCUGGCACUGGUGGAGAUGAAGCUGGGCUUUGGGCUGGUGAUCUUGUAAGCAUGUAUCAGAAGUGUAGUGAGCAGAACUCAUGGAAAUAUUCCCUGGUCUCCUAUUCUGAGGCUGAAAAAGGAGGGUAUAAAACCUAUGUGAUGGAGAUUAGAGGUAAUCGUGUGUAUAGCAAAUUGAAGUAUGAGUCAGGUGUGCAUCGUGUUCAACGUGUCCCUCAAACCGAAGCACAAGGACGUGUGCAUACCUCAACUGCCACAGUAGCCAUCAUGCCAGAGGCUGAUGAAGUUGAUGUGGUUAUUGACCCUAAGGAUAUUGAACUUACAACUACAAGGUCCGGUGGUGCUGGAGGUCAGAAUGUGAAUAAGGUUGAGACAGCUGUUGAUCUUGUUCAUAAGCCAACAGGAAUUCGGAUAUUCUGUACUGAAGAGAGGACACAACUUCGAAACAAAAGUCGGGCUAUGCAGCUUCUGCGAGCAAAAUUAUACGAGAUGAAAGUAAGAGAGCAGCAAGAGAAGAUGAGAAAUCAGAGAAAAUUACAGGUUGGCACUGGGGCUCGGGCAGAAAAGAUUAGGACGUACAACUACAAAGAUAACAGAGUCACAGACCAUAGGUUAAAGAUGAACUAUGAGCUGACAUCUUUUCUCAAUGGCGAUAUCGAGAGCGCAGUCCAGGCUUGCGCUGCAAUGGAGCAGAAGGAACUACUUGAAGAGCUAGCAGAGUCUGUCACCGCAACUGCAACGGCCAGCUGAAUUCUGCUGUCUUGGGGCCAUAGUUGUGGGAUUGCUGGGCUAGCAAUCAACUAGAGGGGGCUUUCUUAACAGAAUAUUGACCUUGAACUUAUGCAAAAGAUUUGCUUCUGCUCUGCCAUUAGAUGCCCCGGUAACAUUUAGUUCAUCAGCCAAUGGCAUUUGUGCGAAUGGAGUUUUACUUGUUCGUAAAGAGAAUAGGGUCCAUGUGUUGAGUUGGACAGUCCGAGCCACCCUCUUAAGUCUGUGUAAACUUAACCUUCCAUUCAAUGAGAACUCUUUCAUACUUUCUUCUU